AUGCUAAACGAAAGAACUUCCGCGAAGGACGCCUACAAGGUGUUCAAAGUGGAUGAGGUGACUGACAACAUUUUGGAGAGUGCGCAGUGGAAACAGUGGGCUUCUUACAUCGCCAAGCUCAAUGAAAAGGACCCAGGCGAGUCUGUCGCCGCAGCAAUGACAGUGGCUUACGGCGGUGAUGGGGUUGCACAAAUCAUUAAGCUUGAUUCAAACCCAGCCGAGAUCUUCAAAGUACUGAAGCUAAACGAGAAAACCGAUGAUAUCUUUAAUAGCCCGCAGCUCGGUGCUUGGACUAGCUAUCUGAAGAAAUACAACGAGAAACACCCCACGAAACAGGUAUCAGAGAUGAGCGUCUUCACGAAAAUCUACGGCGAGGAAGACUUCGUGAUGCUCCUGGCUUCGGCAGAUGACAACACUGCCGUGGUGAAGAAGUUCAAGGACGAGCUCGUGAAGCGCUGGUUGGGCGAACCGACACACCCCCUGAAUAUUUUCAAUAAUCUGAAGCUAAACGAGGCUGGAGAUGACCUCCUCGCCAACCCGGUCUUGACCAUUUGGGUCAAGUAUAUGAAGGCGUUCAACAAGGAAUACCCGCAGGCUGAGACGACCAUGAUCCAGACGUUCACGAAGAGUUACGGCGACGAAAAGCUGGCGACGAUGAUCCAAGCAGCUACGAAGGUCGAAGAGACGAAGGACUUCGCCAAGAACUUGCAGACAGCUCAGUUCAAUCAGUGGAUGGUUGACAAGAAGACCCCGAAGGAUAUCCUGGGUGUAUUAAAGCUGAACUCCCAAACCUACACUGACAACCCCAGCGUGGAUAUUUGGCGUGUAUACAACAAGGCGUACACCAAAGAGUUCCCCGACGCAGGUUUUGCAUUCCAACCGUAG